UUGUCCACUUCUCUCUCUGUCUCUGUCUUCCUCUUUUGUCCUAUCUCAACACACAAUAUGGGUUUAUCUAUUGGCAAGAUUUUUUCUCGUUUGUGCGCCAAGAAGGAGAUGCGAAUUCUUAUGGUUGGUCUUGAUGCUGCCGGUAAAACCACAAUAUUGUAUAAACUGAAGUUAGGGGAGAUUGUCACCACCAUUCCCACUAUCGGAUUUAACGUGGAGACUGUGGAGUAUAAGAACAUUAGCUUCACUGUCUGGGAUGUUGGCGGUCAGGAUAAGAUUCGACCCUUGUGGAGACACUACUUCCAAAACACACAAGGACUUAUUUUUGUGGUAGACAGCAAUGAUCGUGAUCGUGUUGUUGAGGCUAAAGAUGAGUUGCAUAGGAUGCUGAACGAGGAUGAAUUAAGAGAUGCUGUGUUGCUUGUUUUUGCAAACAAGCAAGAUCUUCCUAAUGCAAUGAACGCUGCUGAAAUCACUGAUAGGCUUGGCCUAAACUCUCUGCGCCAGCGUCACUGGUACAUCCAAAGUACGUGUGCAACAUCAGGUGAAGGUUUAUACGAAGGACUAGACUGGCUUUCGAACAACAUUUCAACCAAGGCUUCCUUUAAAUAGUAGAAUUGUUUUCGUCUACAGCAAAGUUAUUAGAGAUGCUUAGUGGCAAUUGUUGGCAUCAAUGCUGUUGUAGUUUUAUGAUUAUUACCCUUUUUCUAUUGUUUUGAAAAAUACUCUGUUGUCCCCUCUUAUCUUGUUUUAAUUCUAAUAAAUGUUAUUCA